AUGUCCUUCGGAGCUGUGUGCUGCGAGGCCACGACCAUCCCAGACGAGCUCUUCAUGACGGCCGCAGAGGCAGUGGCCCACUCCCUGGACGAGGAUGACCGGAAGUCCGAGUCGGUGCUGCCCUGCACGGCGCGGAUCCGCGAGGUGGGGCUGAAGGUGGCCACCGCGGUGGUCCUUGCCGCGCAGGAGGCAGGGCUGGCACGCAAGAAGCUGGGCAGCACCGAGGAGGAAGUGGCCAAGGCGCUGAGGGCCUUGCGCUGGGAGCCCGGGGCGAAGGAGGUCAAGCCCAAGGCGGACGUGGCACCACUGCGCCUGCGCGGCUCCAGAAUCUGA